UACUCCCAGAAGGCGGCGCGAGCACGUAGACAGCCGGGUGCUCUCGUGAAACUACCUGCUAAGCGGAAACGGCGGGAGUGGCGGCUGAGAUCUCGCGAUAUUUGGGGCUGCCCGAGACGCGCCUGGUGCUGGAGAGGAAUCUCAGGAUUUUAAAUCCUGAUAGAGCCCUCUGGAGGCCAGUCCUGGCAGUUUCCCAGGAUUCGAAGCUAUUAGACCCCACAUGGAAUCAAGUGCGUCAUGUCCAGCAGAUGCUGCACCCUUGGCGAAGAGACAGUUUCGUGUCCUCGUGGGUGUCACUGGGAGUGUUGCAGCCCUGAAGUUGCCUCUUCUGGUGUCUAGGCUUUUGGACAUUCCUGGCCUGGAAGUAGCAGUGGUCACCACCGAGAGAGCCAAACAUUUCUACAGCCCCCAGGACAUUCCUGUCACUCUCUACAGCGACGCUGAUGAAUGGGAGAUGUGGAAGUGCCGAUCCGACCCCGUUCUCCACAUUGACCUGCGGAGGUGGGCGGAUCUCAUGCUGGUGGCUCCUCUUGAUGCCAACACCCUGGGGAAGGUGGCCAGUGGUAUAUGUGACAACUUGCUUACCUGUGUCAUCCGGGCCUGGGACUGCCGAAAGCCCCUGCUCUUCUGCCCGGCGAUGAACACCGUCAUGUGGGAGCAUCCCGUCACCGCGCAGCAGGUGGGCCUGCUCAAGGCCUUCGGCUAUGUGGAGAUUCCUUGUGUGGCCAAGAAGUUGGUGUGCGGAGAUGAAGGUCUAGGGGCCAUGGCUGAGGUGGGCACCAUUGUGGACAAGGUGAAAGAAGUCCUCUUCUGUCGUGGCAGCUCUCAGCAGAGCUGAACCUGGGAUUUCUGUUGUUUGUAUCCUUCUGUACCCUGCGUGUUUUCAGGCCAAGUCUAUGAAGAAGAUGGACAUCGGCAAAAUACGGUGAAGACUUCUGGGUUUACUGAGUAGGGGUGUAGCCUGGGCCUGCUCCAGAGCCUCCCCAGGGGCCUCACUUGCCUCAGGUUAAAUUAGACCAAAGGCCCAGAUCCCAACUUCUUUCCAACUAAGAGAUGGCUGCAUUCUGGGCCCCUCCCCACCUUCUCCUGGGAUAGGCAUAGCAAGCUGUUGCUGUGUGGCCCUGUGCUCUGGGAAGGAGACUGAGGGAGGACUGAGAAACCUUGAUUCUGCAUCGUGCAGGGGAGCCGCUUCAGCUCCUUGGUGGGGUGCCCAGCUGCCAUACAGAGAGUCAGGGAAGCCUGUAAGUUGGCAAGAUGCCGAGUUUCUCUACAGACCAUGCUGUGAGAUCGGGGGUACUGGGGAAUAAAGAAGAGUGACUUUUA